GAUGGCGGCGGCCGGGCCGCGGGGCGGCGGGAAGCUGGUGGAGCGGGGCGCGCCAGGCCGUCGGGCCCUGUACUUCUGCGGGAGCAUCCGCGGCGGACGAGAGGACCAGGCACUGUACGCGCGGAUCGUGUCCCGGCUGCGACGCUUCGGGGCGGUGCUCACGGAGCACGUGGCGGCCGCCGAGCUGGGCGAGCGCGGGGAAGAGGCUGCUGGGGGUGACAGGUUCAUCCAUGAACGGGACUUGGCCUGGCUGCAGCAAGCAGAUGUGGUCGUGGCUGAAGUGACACAACCAUCCUUGGGUGUCGGCUAUGAGCUGGGCCGGGCCGUGGUCCUCAAUAAACAGAUACUAUGUUUGUUCCGCCCGCGGUCUGGCCGAGCACUUUCAGCCAUGAUCCGGGGAGCAGCAGAUGGCUCAAGGUUCCAGGUGUGGGACUAUGAAGAAGAAGAGGUGGAGGCCAUGCUGGAUCGAUACUUUGAGGCUGGUCCUGCUGAGCAGGUGGCUGUCUCCCGUGACCCAACUGCCACCUUCUUACCCUAACACUACUCUAGUGGCAUUCCUGCCUUAGCCUCAGUAGGAAAUUAAAAAGUCUAUGAAAUUCCAUCUGUAUUAUAGUGAGGUGGGGCAGACCCUCAGUAAUAGCCCUUUCCCACCCCAUGU